UUUUAUCUUUUGUGGCAGCAGCCUCUCUUCUCUCUCUCUCCCGGCCCAAAGCGAUCGAGCGGCUGGCCUCCUUCCUUCCUUCCUUCCAUCCCCUUUGCUUCUCCGCUGACACUGUUCCUCUUCCCCCCUCCCCCAUGUCUGGCCAUGACUGCUGCUGCUGCUGCUAGCUGCCUCGUCCCCGUCCCCGUCCCCGUCCCCGUCUCUAGCGGUCUAGCCCUCCCUGCGCGCUGCACGUCAGCUGCCAGCUCUAGAUAGACAGCUAUGGCCAUCCGCUCCUGCCGCUGAUCGACUGCACAGCAGCACAGAGGAGUGGGGGAGAGAGAGAGAAAGCAAGAAGCCAGCAGGAGAGAAGAGAGAGAGGGAGGGAGGGAGGGAGAGAAAGAAAGAAUCUGCAAUUGCUUUCCAGUCAUUGACCACCCAGUUUCAGUUUCCCCCCUCGUUUUGUCCCCUGCGCAGCGCCUCCUUGAUUCCUGUGUUGCUUGCUGUUCCUCGUUAUUCCCUGAGAGCCUGUGCCUGGCCUCCUGGUCCUGGGUAGGAGCCUGCUCGAGCGAUCGGAUACAUACCCCUUGUCCGGCCCCCAUCCUCCUCCGCCUCCGCCAUUCUCGAUGAGUUAUUGCUACUCGCUCGCUCCUCCUCCAGUUUCAGCAGCAUAGGUAGAUUCCAUGGCUAGAUAGCGUUAUAUAUAUACAAGCAAGGUGCAAGGGCGAGAUCAGGCAAAGCUAAGCCCCCUGUCCACUUGGGCUGGGUUCCGCUCACUUAUGUGUUCGUCACCACCGCCGCCACCAGACAGUCACAGGAUCAAGCGGAAGCCGCGGAUCAGGAGAGCAGCAGCAGCAUGUCCAGCUCCAACCUCACCUCCUCCGCCUCCGGCGGGCCAAACGCGGCGCCGGCCGCCGGCAACAAGCGCAAGCGGAGCCUCCCAGGAAACCCCGACCCCGACGCGGAGGUUGUGGCGCUGUCGCCGGCGACGCUGAUGGCGACGAACCGGUUCGUGUGCGAGAUCUGCGGCAAGGGGUUCCAGCGCGACCAGAACCUGCAGCUCCACCGGCGCGGGCACAACCUGCCGUGGAAGCUCAAGCAGCGGGCCGCCGGCAAGGAGGCGCAGCGGAAGAAGGUGUACGUGUGCCCGGAGGCGUCGUGCGUGCACCACGACCCCGCCCGCGCGCUCGGCGACCUCACCGGCAUCAAGAAGCACUUCUUCCGCAAGCACGGCGAGAAGAAGUGGAAGUGCGACAAGUGCUCCAAGAAGUACGCCGUCCACUCAGACUGGAAGGCGCACGCCAAGAUCUGCGGCACCAGGGAGUACAAGUGCGACUGCGGCACCAUCUUCUCCAGGCGGGACAGCUUCAUCACGCACCGCGCCUUCUGCGACGCGCUCACCGAGGAGAGCGCCAAGGCCAUCGGCCUCGGCGCCAUGGCCGCCGCCGCCGCGCCGGCGCACCACCACCCGCUGCUCUUCUCCCCUCCGCCGCCGCAGGUCAUACAGCACCAGGUCCAGGACCUCGCCGCGCUGCAGGAGAACCCCCACCACCACCACAGCCAGGUCAUGCAGCCGCCGCAAGCGCAGCAGCAGCAGCAGCAGCACUGCAACUACGCCAUGAAGACGGAGAUGCCGCCGUGGCCGGCGAUGGCGUACGACCAUCACGCCCACCCGCUGCUGCAGCCGCUAUGCAACGCCGCCGCCGGAGCCGCGCAGAGCUCGGCCACGUCCGCGCCGCCGCCGCCCGCCGCGUCGGCUCACCUCUCGGCCACGGCGCUGCUGCAGAAGGCGGCGCAGAUGGGCGCCACCAUCGGCGGCGCGGGCGCCGGCGCCGGCGCGCACUACUCCCAGAUGGCGGGCCCCGCGGCGAGCGCGCCCGGCGGCGCCACCUUCGGGCUCGGCCUCCCUGGCCUGAGCGCGCAGCAGCAGCCGGUGGAUGGCGGCGUCAUGGGUGGCCUCGCGAGAACCGCCUCCCGUGGCCGCAGCGGCGAGGACGCCGGCGGCGGCGCCGGCGGCGGGGGCGCCGACGGCAUGACGAGGGACUUCCUGGGCCUGCGCGCCUUCUCCCACCGCGACAUCCUCGACCUCGCCGGCUUCGACUCCUCGUGCAUGGGCGCCAUCGCCGCCAACGCCAACAUGACCUGCUACGAGCCGCAGCAACAUGCGCAGGCGGAGCAGCAGCAGCAGCAGCAGCAGCAGCAACAAAGCAGCAACGAGCCAUGGCACGGCGGCAUGGGCAGCCAUAGCUAAGCUCCCUUGCUAGCUUAAGCUACCACGGCGGCCGGCUGCUUUCUUCUUCCUUUCACCAGUCGUCAUCAGCCACCAUCCUCUAGCCCGUAUCUUAUCGCAGCUGCAAUUCAGUAGCAAGGGCCAGCGCACCAUGCCUUUUGAGCUCGCUAAGCUCCUCUUUUUGCUUCUGUUCAUGGUGUCAGCUCAUGAUCUUGCAACCUGAUCAUGCAAAUGCAAGCGAUCAACCUUCCAUACUCUGGAUGGACGACGACAGCACAGCAGCACGCAGGGAAUCUGUAUUUUUUUGGGGGGGGGGGGGGGGUGGGUUUGGGGUGGUUGGGGAGGAGAUCGAUCAACUGUAAACUAAGCUCGAAUCAAGGGAAACCAUAGCUAUGUGACAGUAAUCAUGCAUCCAUCUCUCUUCUCUUUUGUUUUUCAUUGCAUCCAUAUUACAUUUCUACAUGUCUAAGCAAAACAUACUCUCUCGGUCUCCAUUAGUUCCAAAUUGCAGAUUAUUUUAGCCUUUUUAGAUACAUAGCAAUAAGCUACUGUAUGAACUUAGAAAGGUUAAAACCAUCUUAUAAUUUGGAAUGGAGUAAAUAGUAAACUUUUUGAGAUGAUUUUUCUUUAUAAGAAGACCAAUGUUUAUUUGGUGACAUGACUUGAGAGAGUAUAGUAGAGGUUGUGUGAUUGUGAAUGAACUGGAGUCUGGAGUCCUUGUGUGUAGUGUAGACUGUAGACCACCAGACUACCAGUAGGUGUGCAUUGUCUACAAGACAAAUGUGGCCUACUUGGCCGUGAUAGAUUUUUAUUUA